GAGAGAGUUCCGGACAUUGUGUGUCAUCUUCAACAACACAUGGAUAUUAACAAGAAUUACGAAGUAGAUAUAUAUUUUUUAGUUACAGAAUCUGAACAAAUGGAAUAUGAAUGGGAAUAUAGUUUAUGAUGUCUGGCGAUCAGUAUUCCCGAGUGCACGUCAUCUAUGGGUAUAUAUAUAAGAUCAAACUAAACCGCCGAGUAUCAUCAAGGAUCGCUUGGGUCUGAUAUAUAUAUAUAUAUAUAUAUAUUGGAUCAGAACUUUAUUAACUUAUGAAUACAAUGGACACCGCCCGGAAAUCUGAGAAAUUCUGAUGAACCUGUGUAUGAACAAGAGUGGUACGGAUAUUACAUUAUAAGAGAAUUCUUUCAGGAACAUGUGAAUUUCUAAGUGAUACUUUUUACUUGGAUUAUAGAAGCCCAGACUAAUAUUUGAGAAAUAUAACGAAUUGACGUUCCAUGUAAUAUAAUGUGUGUAUCUUGUAAAAGUUUCCAGGUUUGGCCGAAAAGACUAAUAUUGAAAAAAAUAUCCACCCAAUCGCAGAGAGGCGACUGAGACAGCAUCUGUACUGCGUGCUGAUUGUCUACCCGAGGCGUUGUCAUAGACGAAGACUUAAUAUUUAUAAUAACGCCAGUAAUGGAGAUUAUUUACAAUGAUAAGCGAGGAUUUCCAUUGGCUGGUGUGUUUUUUUAUGUAACAUCAAAGCAAUUGUGAUCUUUUAAAAACUUCGAUUUUCUGUAAGGCUAUGAAACACCUGUGUGCUGACUGUCGUCCGUUCUCGAAGUUGCAAUAGACGACGAAUAAAUUCAGAAUAACUGCGGUUCAACAGAUUGUGUAUAAUUACGAACGAAGAUUUUCACUGGCUGUUGUGUUCUUAAAAAUAUAGUUUUCGGACUUCUGAUUUUUUUUGUGGCGUGGGACUUAUAAAAAUGGUGAUAGUUAUAUGUAAGGUAUACUAUCUGAAACCAUAUUAACACACAUAUUCUGACCAUGAUGUCUUUAGAAAGCUUCCAGGAACUUCUCUACGGUUCAGCAAGUAAUUUAACGGAGCAAAACGAUUAUCUACGGACACUGAUCAUCAACCAAACAAACAAGACAUUUAAUUUUGAUUCUGAGAUUUAUCACCGACACACGACAGCGGAAACUGUGUUGUUAAUCACGGCCUAUAGUUUGUUGGGUAUUGUGUCCAUAUUAGGCAAUUUAUUAGUGUGUUACGUCAUAUUUAAAAAUAAACGUCUAUACACGCCCACUAAUUUCUUCCUCGCUAACCUAGCUAUAUCGGAUUUGUUGGUGACGUUGUUAAACGUUCCGUUCAAUAUCGCUAGGAAUUUAUUAGACGAAUGGCCAUUCGGGGAUUUCCUGUGCCACUUGGUGAAUUUUUCUCUAAUUCUAUCCGUCUAUGUGUCCACGUAUACUCUGACUGUUAUAGCUCUUGACAGGCAUAGAGUUGUUGUCAAACCAUUUACAUCACGACUCUCAAAAACCUCUUCUCUCCUAAUUCUACUGGGAAUCUGGCUCUUUGCUAUUUGUCUGGCCCUGCCUUACGGGAUUUAUAACACCGUGGAAGACGUUACGUUCUUUGUUGCGACGGUGCGGCGAUGUCGUUCACGAUAUCCGUCGGUUACGUACGAACAAUAUCUGACCAUUCUGACGAUUGUACUACAGUACUGUGGUCCGUUGACGAUUAUUGGUAUCGCGUACGGUCGAAUCGUUCACACACUCUGGGUUCGAACACAUGUCGGUGCCGUGACCGAAUGUCAACAGAUAUCCCAAGCUAAGGCCAAGAGAAAAAGUAUCAAACUUCUUAUUACUGUGGUGAUCGUGUUUGCUAUUUGUUGGCUGCCAUUAAACUUGUAUCACGUUUUAACCGACUUUCAUCCCAAUGUUCAGGUCUUUCAUUAUAACAGUCGAGUUUUCUUCGCUUGUCAUUGGAUAGCUAUCAGCAGCACGUGCUAUAACCCUUUCGUAUAUUGUUGGUUGAAUGACAGUUUUAGACAGGAAGUGGUUUCUAGGUUCCGGUGGUGUUUACAUCGUUUUUUUAGAUUUUAUCCUUUCGCCGAUCUGGAACUAUUUCUCAUGCGGUGUAAUUGUCGGAAACGAUAUCGACAAGAAAGCAUGCGCAGUACCACAAGAUCGAGUCUGGGUAGUUCCGGUCGAGAAGUGAACAUUGUGAAACGUGACACAGGGGCCUCGAACAGUACCGAUCGUGAGGAAGCUAUUCAGGUGUUCACUAAUGGCGUUACUCCCAAUUCCAAUGGGCCUUUUGAAAAUGAAGAAAUGCAGGACAUGCUGCCUAGCGGGGUUCUGGUUAUACAGGCUUUGAUUAGUCGCGAUGGUUCGGACGAUAUAUAGGCCUUGAAUAGCCGUGAUGGCUCUGACGAUACACAGGCCUUGAUCAGCCGUGAUGGCUCGGAAGAUAUAUAGGCCUGACUAUAAAGUGAGCCUCGUAAAGAAGUGUUAAAUAAAUCUAUUCCUGCAGUGAAUCUUGUGUCAUCGUUUCGAUCACAGACGUCAGGAGGGAUAGCCUAUAGUAGUUGUUGUUUAAACAGUUUAUGAUAGAUUGUAUCUAUGGCAACGCCCAUAGAAAAGCUGACGUCAUUAAAACAAUGUGUGGUAAACUAGAAUUUUCCCGCGUUCUGGUUAAUAUAAUUGUGGGGUUUGACGUCCGCUUCAACCCAGGGUGAUAUCGCAAACAAAGGCUAAAUACAGCACCGUGGAGAUUUCAAGCCGUGAUCUGAUUUGCCGGAUAACCUAUACCGUAGUCCUAAAUAUCGGAUUAACCAGUCGAAAUAUAAGGUUAACCAGGGCACGUCCACUCUGUUUUCGUGAGUUCCUCCGAGUGUGAUUAGGACUAAACAUAAUGAUUAAUUCUCAAUUCAUUUGAUUGUAAUCCCGGUUGUUAUUUAUGUAUAUAAUGCGUUUGUUAUGUAUUGAUAUUUUACUAUUUAAAUGUUGUUUUUUUUUAAGCUACUUAAAGAUACAUUAUGUAAAAGAUAAAUCUCACUAUUUUGGCUUCAAAUGUUAUAUAAAUUAUUAUUUCGACAAACAUAUGGUCAGCUCUCUAGACAAUCGGUUGGUCGAGAUUUAAAUGCAUUAAAACACCGUUUAAUUAAAUACUGGGUAAUCUAGACUUAAUAGCGAUUGUCAAGUACCGUUGCUCAGAAUAACGUUAUUUGAAUGAAAAUUUCAAUAUAUUCAUUUUUUCUUAUUCUAUUUUUUAAACUAGUAUAACAAGAACGGUCAGCUCUUUAUCUAAUACCCCGUGAAAGAUUGGUGUGAAAUAAGUUAAAUAUCGUAUUUCGACGAAUAAACAUAGAAAUACGUAUUUAAUAUGUUGUCUGUUAUACAUGAUCGUGACGUAAGAUUGUCUGUUCUACAGGAUCGUGACGUAAGGUUUUCUGUUCUACAGGAUCGUGACGUAAGAUUGCCUGUUCUACAGGAUCUUGACGUAAGAUUGUCUGUUCUACAUGAUCGUGACGUAAGAUUGCCUGUUUCAAGUUAUCGUGACGUAAGAUUGUCUGUUUGACGUUAUCUUGACGUAAAAGUGCCUGCUCUACAAGAACUUGACGUAAAAUUGUUUGUUCUUCAAGAUCGUGACGUAAGAUUGUCUGUUCUACAUGAUCGUGACGUAAGAUUGCCAGUUUGACGUUAUCGUUACGUAAGAUUGUCUGUUUGACGUUAUCUUGACGUAAGAUUGCCUGUUCUACAAAAACUUGACGUAAGAUGUCGCUUGAAAUUAGUUCAAUAAAUGUCGUCUUUCAGUUAACAGGAAGAUCACGGUGAUUUAUAUUUAACCGAGAGAACAAGUUUAAUUAUUGAUAUUUUCAACCAAAGAUAGCGUACAGCGCCCACACCUUUAUGUGCAGGGAAUCAGGAUUUUAAUAGGGUUCCUUUUCAUCUAUAAGUGAUGAUUUGCUUAAAUCUGAUGUGUUGAAUUUUUUUUUACGAAGUGGGCAUCUGUCUACUCACACACGAUUAUGAUACAUGACAAAAGAUUGCGAUUUUCUACAGAUUCAAUAUCUAAACAUUUGUCGAUUUAAAAAUUACAAAAUUAAUGAAUAGGUGUUUGAUCUGCAAUGACCACCAUGGCCUAGCAUACGGAUCUACAUAUACACCGACGCGUAGGACUAACACACACGUUUGACGCCAUGCUGUGUUCGAACUAGACAUUUACACAAUAUUGUGUUUGAAUAGACGUUUAUCGAUAUGGCUAUCACACACUUUUGACGUCAUACUGCGAUUUAAAUAGACAUUUAUCGGUAUGACUAUCACACACUUUUGACGUCAUACUGUGAUUUAAAUAGACAUUUACACAGUAUGACUAAAGCACACAUUUGACGCCAUAUUGUUUUUUUAAAUAUACAUUUUCUUGGUAUGACUAACACGUCAUUUGGAACCAUACUUGUAUAUAUUGAUGUUUUUUUUAAUUUAAAGAUAGAUAUAAAGGUGUUGCCGUGGUGCUGUGAGUAAGUUAUUGGUUCGCUAACCAGGAGUUCUCGGGUUCACUCCUGGUGUUAGCUGUGAAUGUUUCUCUGGGUUUUCAAGGGUUGUUCCCCUUUGUUAGUGGUGCAGGGUGGACGAUCUGGCUAGGACAGCGUCUAUUCGUUUGGAGGUGAUGCAAAGCUGAGGUCCCGUGUACGUAUUGGCGUGCACGUAAAAGAACCAUUGACAAUUGGAAAUCCAAAUAAGACUAGGUCGUGGCGCCGCUGUCCGGGUAAAAUUUCCCUCAUAGCAAACUGUAUGAUGUCUUCAUUGCCCUAGUCGAUUCAGAACAGUAGUACUUUAAACUUCAUUUCAUUUUAAGGUAAUGACCCAACUAACUAGAAAAAACGAAAUGAAAUGGGGUUUAACGUCCUGCAGUUCUGCUCCAAAUGGGCUAAUGAAGACAGGCAUACGCCAUACAUGUGCUAUGGGGAAAAUUUUACCCCGGCAGCGUUACUAUGGCCUACUAUUAUAUCGUAUUCCAACUGCCAAGGGAUCUUUUACGUGCAGGGUAAUCUAUACACGGGUAACCAGAAGAAACUGUUUGUGUAAUUAAGAUGCCUUACAGCAUACUGUCUACAGCUAGCUACGCUUGAUAACAGACACUAAGCUUGUUAACCGACAUUUUAAAUCCUAAAUCGACGACUUUAGUCAAAAACACUAAGUAUACUUCGAGAAUUUUGAGAAGUAUUUAUUUUGCUUCCAUUUAAUGGAAUUUAAAGGGUUUAUUUAGUCUUUGUAGAACCGUAGUAUAAAACAAUUUAUUUUAUGAUCAGUAGUGGAAUACCGCGUUUUAUCAGUGAAAUAAAAGUGUUAUUCCACUGGCUAGCAGUAGUCCAUGUUGUUUUUACCUAAAAUGAUUGUAAAAUCAUAAAAUAAAUAGAACAUUUGUCGUUUUGUCGUGAAUAACAUAUUUUAUUUCAUCUCUAAGCAAGAAAACGUUCAUCUCUAAGCAAGAAAACGUUUAUAUUUUCACUCAUGCUACGCAUUCGUGAAAAUAUAAGUUUUCUUGCUUCUCGAUGAAAUAAAAUAUGUUAUUCACUCUAAAACGACAAAUAUCCUCUAUAUACUGAUUGUUGCAUAUGGCGGUAAUUCAAGACAGAGAUCUAUUCAUGAAGUGUGCAGAAUGCCUUUAGAAAUCAUUUUGUAUCUGAUCUGUAAGAUAAACAUAUUAACUGUUUUGGAGAAUUAUUUAUGAAAUAAAAUACUGAUGUGAAAUUAUAUUAAAGAGUUUUAUUUGUUA